CUCUAUACUUCUCGUUGUCUAAUGUUUUGCGUUCGUGGGAUAGGUGCAUGUUCAUACCGCCUUGCGGUUGGCAUGUUUUAGCUUCGCAAACUAGGCAAUAGGACCAUCACGAAUAAUUAGCUAGCCAUGGAGCUGUUUACAUUAGCUCUAACGUACUUUGCUGCAACUGCGUUCUUUAUAUUCAUCCUACUCUUCGGCGAAUCGCCAUUCUUUAAGAACACACCGGUAGCAACGCUUCACUGGCUCGUGACUUCUGGACUAUGUAACAGCUUUGACUGGCUCGUGGAGCGGGUGUGCGGGCAGCGCGGCGUGCGGGCGGUGGAGGGCGCCUACUCGGUGUGCUGCGACCGACCCAACCCCGCACUGCAGAUCGCCUACCUCGUGAUGGUGCUGGGUGGGUUCGCCAUGUACUGGGUGCACCUGCUCCGCCUGCUGCCCAACCCCUGGGUGGACGAGGGACACAUCCUCUCCGGCAGCGCUGCCGUGCUGACCAGCCUGGCCCUGUUCGUGGCGGCCAGCGCCUCCGACCCGGGCACCGUCACCCGCCACCCCGCCCACCUGGCCGCCUGGGGCGCGCUGUACCCGCUGGAUGGCGCGCUGUUCCCGCCCAAGCACUGCCCCACAUGCGACCUGCCACGACCCGCGCGGUCGAAACACUGCAGGGUGUGCAACAGGUGUGUCGCGCGGCACGACCACCACUGCCAGUGGAUCAACAAUUGCGUGGGGUUCGCCAACCUGCGGCUCUUCCUCGCCUUCCUGGUCGCCAACCUCGCCAUGUGCCUGUACGGCGCGGUGCUGGCGGGCCUCAUCCUGGGCGGCGAGAUGCAGGCGCGCGGGCUGCUGGCGGUGCAGCUGGUCAACUACCGCACCGGGCAGGUGCUGCCGCUGUGGAGGGUGCCCAGCAAGCUGCUGGAGUGGGUGGUGUACUACUACCCCCUGGGCGCCGCCCUCGCCCUCUUCCUGCUGGUUGCCGCCGCCCUGAUGGCCACCUUCCUGGCCUACCAGCUCUACCUGCUGGCGGAGGGGCGCACGCAGUACGAGGUGUUCAAGGCGAGGGAGCUGCACCACUGCCUGCUGGAGCGGGCGGAGGCGGCACAGGUGGAG